GAGUGUAUCUAGGACUUGCUGAACCAUUGCUGCCAGAAUUGGCAUGCUGAUCCUUGCAGCUGCUCAGCAGAAGCUGGACCUCUGGCAUGAUGCUUUCCUUCCAUGAGCCCUGGACAGCCUUCGUCAUGCUGUUCUUCACCACCGUGCUCCGGUGCUCCUGUUCUGCAGCAGCUGGAGCCUCCAACAUUUCAACAAGCACCGUGCACACAGACGAGUAUGAACCACCGUGUCUUAAGGUGGACUUCUGCACUCUAGCAGCCGUGUGCUGUCCGACUGGUGUCGACGAUUACGGAUGGAUUGCAGCGGCUGUUGGCUGGAGCCUCUGGUUUCUGACUCUCAUUCUGCUCUGUGUGGAAAAGGUCAUGAAACUCCGGCCUGACGAACCCAAAUAUUUGGUAGCCUGAAGCAGGGCAAGUCAUUGUGCAGCAGUGAGGUACAGACAGACUGACAAAGCAUUUCAAUCACUUCCAGAGAAACAGAAAAGAAAGAGAACUUGCCUUCAGUUAAAAGAAGUCCACAUGUAAGUGGGGCAUCUGCUGGGGCUCCAUCUUUCCUGGAAUGCCAGAGCUGCUGGCCGAAGCUGGCCACCAUGAACAUACCAGUGCACAUAGACAACAUAUAGUAUCAUAGAAUCAUCAAGAUUGGAAAGAUCACUAGGAUCACCUAGUCCUACUAUCAGCCCAUCCCCACCAUGCCCACUAACCACGUCUCUCAGUGCCACAUCCACACAUUUCUUGAAAAUCUCCAGGGAUGGUGACUUUGCCACUCUGUCAUUUCCCUGAGCCCAUCCAAGCCUGUCCUGAGGGUACAAUCAGACCCUGAAGGACCCAGUACUAGGCUCCCUGCCCUGACACAACCCAGAACAGCCUUGGAAUUUGAAAGAACAGUGGGCUGGUUUCUGAAGGAUCAACGCCAUGAGAUUCAGUACUAAGCUGUGGGCCAGGCUAUAUCACUAAAAGAAUGCAACUCAUUGAUUAUACUGAGCAACUUCUGUUUACUAAACCAAAGUGUUUACUGACACCAAGAAAAAACUCUGUUUUGGAAACUUGAGGCUUGUUUGGGCUGGUUCAAAAUUAGAACUAAUUAUUCCACUGCAAUGUAUAUGUGAAUUGCUUUGUGGAAGGUUAACAUGUUGGUCGUAUCUACUUGGCUUGUACUUGUCUACAUAAUUAAGACACUACACCACUGCAAAUGGGUUUUAAACCAGUAUAUCCAACUCAGGCAUAACACUGGUCCUAUUUAUCUAAGAUGAUAAUAAACACUCUUCUUGAUGG